UUUCGCUUUUUUAUAAACCAUAUUACCUUCGGCCACUGCAGCCGCCCCGUAGCACGCCGCCGUUCAUCCCACCUCGCGCGCUGUUUCCGUUCCGACCACGCUCGUUGCCUCUCUGUCGUAGCACAAUCUUUAAUCGCAAGCCCUAAUAAUCCCUCCUCCUCUCAAUCACUCACUCGCCCUACUUCCAGGUAAGCAGAAACUAUAAUGGAGGCUAAAUUUUUUCGGUUCCUUAAGAUUGUGGGAGUUGGUUACAAAGCCAGAGCUGAAGCAGCAGGACGCCUCUUGUAUCUUAAACUGGGAUACAGUCAUGAAGUUGAACUAACUGUUCCGCCAGCUGUUCGUGUCUUUUGCUUCAAAAACAAUGUGGUAUGUUGCACGGGGAUUGACAAACAAAGGGUACACCAAUUUGCUGCUGCAGUUCGUAGCUGUAAGCCACCAGAAGUGUACAAAGGCAAGGGCAUCAUGUAUGUCGACGAGGUCAUAAAGAGGAAACAAGGAAAGAAGUCUAAAUAAGAUAACAGAAGCACAAAAUCCCUCAUUGAUCUCUAUUCAGACACAAAGUGCCUCAGUUAUGAAUAAUUGUUCUUGUUGUAUGCAUGUUUUUAGAGCAUUCCAUGAAUUAAGCCAUGCGACUGAGACUGUAAUUGCUUCAAUGCCUAUUCUUGAAAUUUUGUCUCAUCGAUCAUUAAUGUUGAUCAUUGAUCUCUAUUCAGACACAAAGUGCCUCAGUUAUGACAUGUUUUCUUUCUGUUUAGAA